AUGAGUGGCUACGACAGGGCGCUAUCUAUCUUUUCUCCAAACGGUCAUAUUUUCCAAGUGGAGUAUGCUUUGGAAGCUGUGAAGCGAGGUACGUGUACAGUAGGUGUGAAGGGUACCGAUUGUGUUGUUUUGGGUUGCGAAAGAAGAUCUACGUUGAAGCUACAGGACCCCAGAAUUACCCCAUCUAAGAUAUCGAAGAUUGACAGACAUGUAAUUCUUUCAUUUGCUGGUCUUAAUGCGGAUUCGCGAAUUUUAAUCGAAAAGGCACGUGUCGAGGCACAGUCACAUCGAUUAACUUUGGAAGACCCCGUAACUGUGGAGUACAUGACGAGGUACAUCGCCGGUGUACAGCAACGCUAUACUCAGUCAGGAGGUGUGCGGCCCUUUGGAGUAUCGACAUUGAUUGCAGGCUUUGAUCCCAGAGACACCAGGCCUCGGUUAUACCAGACAGAACCUAGCGGAAUAUACUCUGCAUGGUCGGCCCAAGCGAUUGGGAGAAACUCCAAAACAGUGAGGGAGUUCUUGGAAAAGAACUACUCAAAGCACAACCCUCCCACGUCCGAAGAAGCAUGUGUGAAAUUGACAGUAAAAUCCUUGUUGGAGGUCGUGCAAACAGGCGCCAAAAACAUUGAGAUAACUGUCGUGAGGCCAGAUGCCGAGAUUAUAACCCUGACAACAGAACAGAUCACCAGGUAUGUGGAUGAAAUCGAACAGGAAAAGCAGCAGGAGCUAGAAAAGAAAAAGCAGGGCGAAUGA